AUGCCUAUCUCGCUCCUCACCCGAGCUAUCCAGUAUGCCCGCGCCUCAGGCAUGUCGAUCACCCUUGCAGACCAAACGAAGCCUUGCCAUUCUCAAGUACAUUUUGCUGAGCCGGCCUCCACACAGGAGGAUACCUACGAGCGUCCCGAAAGGGCAGGCAGCCAUGCCACGAGUGCCCCUAUCCCCAUCCCAACCUCCCGCCAUUCCCCUCCCGAGGUCGAUGUCCCCUUGGAUGAUGAGUUUCUUCUCCCUCGUGAUUGGGUCCCCGCCCCGGCUCGUGUUCACCACCACAAAGACAAUGUCACGCACUAUUACCGGGCUGGCACUGGUGGAAAGGGAUGGGAGGCUCUGCAUGCACAGCGCAUUGAGGAAGGCGAAAGAACUUCUCGUCCGAUUUCGAUUUGGAGGGGGCCAUUUCCGGUUGUUGAGGAAAUCGACCAUGAUAGGUUUCAGGUUCGACCAUUGAAGAGGAAAAAUGUGCCCAUUACGCCUGCUCAGGUGCUAGAGCAUUGGGCCAAGGAAGACGAAAUAGCUUUGAAAGCGAUGAGAAUGUGGGAUGAAGUAGGAAGGCUGGGGAUAGAACAAGCCAAUGAGGCAGAGUGCGAGGCCAGACUCUGGGCCUCUGGACUUUUCGAGAAGGACGCAGAGGGAAUGUGGGUGCGAAGGGAUCUCCAGGCUGAGGAGCGAUUGGCCGUUGAAUGGGACGAAUAUAAAAGGCUGAUUAGAGUGGAAACGGAGGAGUUCGAGGAAAGGCUCAAGGAAGAGGGGAGACGAGCGAUAGUGAAAGCGCUUGAAGAGGAGGAUCGUGCUAGGGAAAGGGAGGUAAAGGAGUCCCAAGACGAUUUUGAUGUCAUGGAAGAAAUGUUCCUGGAAAAGGAGCAUAGGUGGCUGACGAAGCGUACGAGGUGUGGGAAGGGUGGAAAGCGGCCAUCUAAGCAAUGGCGUGUCAGGGUCUACCCUGGCGAGUCCAAGGAAGGAGUCUUGCGAAGUAUUGCGGCAUACAACCAAUUCAACAAGCACAAUGUCGACGUGAGCCCCACCAUACCCCUCCAUGCUUCUCUGAGACGCAAACUUACAGACAACAGCAACAUCACCUGGCACCCGUCGCUCUCGCGCAGUGAGCGCAAUACACUCCGCAAGCAGCGCGGAUUCACCAUUUGGUUCACCGGUCUCUCUGCGUCCGGCAAGUCGACCAUUGCAACCGCGCUCGAGCAGCACCUGCUGCACCUCGGUCAUGCCGCAUACCGUCUCGAUGGCGACAAUGUGCGCUUCGGACUCAACAAGGACCUGGGCUUCGACGAGAAGAGCCGGAACGAGAACAUCAGGCGGAUAGCUGAGGUCGCCAAGCUGUUCGCUGACAGCUCCACCAUCGCCAUCACGUCCUUCAUCUCGCCCUACAAGGCGGACCGCCAGCAAGCCCGCGAGCUGCACGCCAAACAGCAGUCCGACGAUGAGCCGCUUGCUUUCAUCGAAGUUUUCGUCGACCUCCCGCUUGAGGUAGCUGAGGCGCGCGACCCCAAGGGUCUGUACAAGAAGGCGAGGGAGGGCAAGAUCCCCGAGUUCACCGGCAUCAGUGCACCGUAUGAAGCACCCGAGAACCCGGAGAUCAAGAUCCAGAGCGACAAGACGAGUGUAGAGGAUGCAGUGAGGCAGAUCACGGACUACCUUGAGAAGCAAGGGCUGUUGAAGUUGAAUUAA